AUUACGCGACGCAACUGAUAGACGAGCUAGUUCAUACAUUCGGGUACAAAAUGUCUCCCAGAACAGUGUUGACAGUAUCCCGGUUAUUAAAACCGACAUGGGGCGGACUAAUGGGCAAUGUGAAUAAUGUACACCGGCCAGCCUCUCAUGUAUGCGUUCAGAGAAACAAGUCCUCCUACAGACCCCCUCCGGCUAAGUAUGGAGGACGACACACGGUCACGUUGAUUCCCGGAGAUGGCAUCGGACCUGAGCUGUUCAACCAUGUCAAAGAACUCUUCAGGUUUUGCUGUGUGCCUGUGGAUUUUGAGAUUGUGAAAGUGGACUCAACAGUCACCUCAGAGGAUGACAUCAACAAUGCCAUUACUGCCAUCAAACGUAAUGGGGUGGCACUAAAAGGUAAUAUAGAGACCAAUCACAACUUACCCCCCUCUCACAAAUCAAGGAACAAUUUGCUUCGCACCAAUUUGGAUUUGUAUGCCAAUGUGAUGCACUGCCAGACCCUUCCUGGUGUUAAUACUCGUCACAAAGACAUUGACAUCAUCAUCAUCAGAGAAAACACAGAGGGAGAGUAUAGCAGCUUGGAGCAUGAGAAUGUACCAGGAGUCGUUGAGUGUCUGAAGAUCAUCACUCGCAUGAAGUCCUUGAGAAUCGCAGAGUACGCUUUCAACUUAGCACGGGAGAAGGGUCGUCGCAGGGUCACAGCUGUGCAUAAGGCCAACAUCAUGAAGCUGGGCGAUGGCCUGUUUCUGCAGUGUUGUAACGAGGUGGCAGCAGGAUAUCCAGAUAUCCAGUUCGACAGCAUGAUCGUUGAUAACACCACCAUGCAGCUGGUAUCCAAACCCCAUCAGUUUGACGUCAUGGUGAUGCCCAACCUGUACGGUAACGUGGUCAGCAACGUGUGCGCUGGCUUGGUUGGGGGUCCGGGACUGGUGCCCGGCGCCAACUACGGCAAGGACUACGCCGUCUUUGAAACGGCCACCAGAAACACAGGGAAGAGCAUUGCUAACAAGAACAUCGCCAACCCCACUGCGACACUGCUGGCUGGCUGUCUGAUGCUUGAUCACUUGAAGCUUCAUGCAUAUGCUAGCAUGAUUCGAAAGGCUGUCAACACCACUCUGUCAGAGACACGGCUGCACACGGCAGACCUGGGAGGUCAGGGGACCACGUCUGAGGUGGUGCAGUCCAUCAUGAGGGAGAUCGAGAGCAAAGGGCCUCUUACCGUUGAACCCAUGUAACCUCCACACCCAACCCAGCCCAGCCCAGAUCAACCCAACCCAAUACAGCCAAGGCCAGUUCAACACCCCUGGCAGGUAUAUUCUGUUGGUUGGUGCUGUACAGUGACUGUGAAAAAACUAUGGACUGUAUGGCGUGAAAUUAAACCAAAACUGGUCAGCUAUAUUGGCUAAAUCUAAUUUUUAGUUUUUUUCUGAUGGCUUGGCUUUCUACUGAGCAUUUGCCAUCCAUAGUGGCAACUCUUUUUUUUUUUAACAGUCAUUGGUGUUAUAAAAUACUGUAGAUACUUCUUGAGCUUCCACCAACAUGUACUGAUAAAUAUAGAAGUAAAAGUGCACACUGGUGGUAGCAGGAGUAAGCAUAAUUCAAACCUUGCAUUAAUUGUUCAACUCAGUCAUUUUGUUUCUAUUCUAUUUGUUAUUGUAGACAGCAACUGGACAAUUUUACAAUGCCGUCAACAUUUCAGAAUUACCAUCUAAUGUUACUGUAAAUCAGUUUGUUAAAAAUGUUUGAACAAGCAAAUGCUUUGCACUCUGUGAUCACCAUAAAAUUAUGAAUGUCUCUGUAAUUCCAUUGGGUAAAAGUAAACUCACAAAAGAAUAUACACAUAUUUUAGUUUCACAUUGACACAAAAUUGGACCAAAAAUUCAUCUUAGAGUGGAAAUUGAAAAUGCUAAUGAUAGUUGUUUAGAAGGACAACAUUUACCCUUCACUAUUUGCUGUAAUGUCCAUUGGAUACUGCAGACAGGCUUUCAGAAUAUGCGACAUGACUUGAUCAGAGUCAAACAGACAUGGAGUGUUACUCAUUCUCUAAAAUUACCUCAGAGGUCAAGCAAGAAUUUGUUGGAUUUUAGAAGAGAAUGUGAUUACCUUAGGACAGCAACAAGGUGCGUCUGACGUAGAUCAGGUUGAUUUUUACAUUGGGUACAUAGAUCAUUCGCCAGUUACAUAUGUUACAAAGUAGGAAAUAAGCAUUUAUUUGGACUUAAGCUUUUAGAAGGUGUUCAGUCAACACAUUUCUGUUCAGAACAUUUCUAAAAUUGUUAUUGUCAUUACUGUUUGGUCAUAAAUUACUGCUCUGCAUUUAUGACAUGCAGUUGUUAUAUGUGUCCAUUUGUAGUUCCAUAAAACUGUGUGUAUUCUCAGGAUAAUUUACUUUGAACAAUAAAAAUGCGCUACUAAGAAA